ACGGUGCAGAACUUUGGCUAAUGAACAAUAAUGCAAAAGAUACAAAUUGACAUCCACCAAUGAGAAAGCGGAUAUAGGUAUUCAAGGAUAAGGAUAUUGGGCCUUUCGAGUCCUUUAUGGUUAGUGCAAGGCUCAUAAAACUCAAGCCUCGAUCGACUCUUCUUUUUGUGUAGAAAGUGCAUUUCAAGAGUUGUAUUCUACUUCUACAAUGGCUGCUUCUACAAUGGCUCUUUCUUCCUCUACAUUUACCGGAAAACCAGUAAAACUCUCACCAUCUUCCUCUGAAAUCACAGGAAAUGGAAAAUUCACCAUGAGAAAGACUGCCACCAAGGCCAAGCCUGUCUCUUCUGGCAGUCCAUGGUAUGGUCCUGACCGUGUCAAGUAUUUGGGCCCGUUCUCUGGUGAAUCCCCAAGCUACUUGACUGGUGAGUUUCCUGGUGACUACGGUUGGGACACUGCUGGGCUUUCAGCUGAUCCAGAAACUUUUGCCAAGAACCGUGAGUUGGAGGUGAUCCACUAUAGAUGGGCCAUGCUUGGAGCUCUUGGUUGUGUAUUCCCCGAGUUCUUGGCUCGUAACGGUGUAAAGUUCGGUGAGGCUGUCUGGUUCAAAGCUGGAUCCCAAAUUUUCAGUGAGGGUGGACUUGAUUACUUGGGCAACCCAAGUUUGGUCCAUGCACAAAGCAUUUUGGCCAUUUGGGCUUGCCAAGUUGUGUUAAUGGGAGCCGUUGAGGGUUACCGUAUUGCUGGUGGGCCACUCGGUGAGGUUGUUGACCCACUUUACCCUGGGGGUAGCUUCGAUCCAUUGGGCCUUGCUGAUAACCCUGAGGCUUUUGCUGAACUCAAAGUGAAAGAGAUUAAGAACGGUAGACUUGCUAUGUUCUCAAUGUUUGGAUUCUUUGUUCAGGCUAUUGUCACCGGAAAAGGUCCAUUGGAAAAUCUUCCAGAUCACCUUGCUGACCCAGUUAACAAUAACGCAUGGGCUUAUAACAUCAAAAUUGCUGAAGCAGGGAUUUAUACCCGCGUCCUUGUUGUAUGAUGAACACACCUUUACCAUCAAGCUACCACAACCAAUUGCUGAAAAAUGUUAAAAGUCAACCUAUUAGUUAAACUUCAUAUUUUAAGAAAUUAAAGUUAUUAGUUUAGAACUUA